AUGAAAGUAUUGAUUGUUUUGCUGCUUUUGGUAGUUUAUACAAACGCAUUUGGAAUCAUAGGACGAACACAAAGUGCUGCAGUAAAAGGGAUUCUGAUGUGUAACAAUAAACCUGCUAGCAAUGUCAAAGUGAAGUUAUAUGAUGACGAUAGAGUCGGCAUGGAUGAACUGCUGGCACAAGGCAAAACUGAUUCUCAAGGGUUUUUCCAACUUCAAGGCUCUACAAAGGAAAUCACCACAAUUGAUCCCAAAGUUAAUGUUUAUCAUGACUGUGAGGACGAGUUCAAGCCCUGCCAGCGUAAAAUUACAAUUUACAUACCAGACGCGUAUAUAUCAUCUGGAAAAAAUCCCAAAAGAAUCUAUGAUGCAGGAACAAUCCAAUUAGCUGGCAAAUUCAAGGGUGAAACUCGAGACUGCAUCAAUUAA